AUGGCUACUGCGAACCCAUUUCCUGUGGGGACUGCCCCAGUAAAACAAGAGUUUCUUGUGUCCACGUCUGCUCCAGCACGGCCAAUUGUCGAUGACGAUGCGGCUGAAGGCGGCACGAGCAAUGUGAAGCACGCGCGUCCGGAUGAAGAGGAAGGUGCUGGUCAAGAUGAGCCUGCAGCUAAGAAGCCGAAGUUGUCUGGCGCAGAGAAGCGUAGACUCGCGAAAGAAGAAAAGAAAAAGAAUCGCGGGUCAAAUAAGGGCAGGAGAUGGGCAAAGACCAAGGACGAGCUUGACCUUUGCUGGAGGUUUGCGGGUGACGGCCAGUGUGAGUUUGGAGACAAAUGCCGCUUCAGCCAUGAUAUCCCCGCCUACUUAGCGGCGAAACCAAAAGAUAUAUAUCUACCGCCAGCGUCCGACCUCAUCGAUUUCUCGCCUUUUGUCGCCGUGCCUCUCGAUUAUACCGAAGCCGAGGGCUCGGUUCAACCUCUUUCGCGUUGUCCAGUCUACGAACGCACCGGGUCAUGUCGACAUGGGCUCAAAUGUCGUUUCUUGGGUGGGCACGCAAAGCUGAACGAAGACGGUUCUGUCACUGUCUUGGAAGAUGCUGAGAAGAAGGCGGCUACCGCGAAGGACAACACGGAGCUCAACUUCAUGACGGGACCUGUGUUGAAACUGCUGCGAACGAAGAAGUACCCUCUUCCCAUCACAGACGCGUAUCUCAAAGAGAUUCAAACGCGGCCAGACUCCGAGCCAAAGGCCGCCGAAGAUGCGGUGGAAGCCGUCACUGUCGAAGACGGCGAGACUGCGAUUGUUGUACAAGAGCCCGAGGCCGACGUCGUGCCGCCCGAAACGGCUCCUACGAAUGAUGUCCCAGAGCCAACUCCAGUUGCGCCUAUAUCAAAAUCAUCGAAGGAGGAGGAGGAGGCAGCCGCUCAAGUCGAUACUCCCGACGUUCCUGCGCGGUUUGCAGAAAAGAAACGCUUGGUGUGGACAGACAAGACUUACCUUGCGCCCUUGACUACGGUCGGAAAUCUACCAUUCCGCCGCGUCUGUGUAGAUUGGGGAGCCGAUAUCACCUGUGGCGAAAUGGGUCUUGCGCACUCCUUCCUUGGGGGCUCAAAAGAGGAAUGGUCUCUGGUCCGGAGGCACCCUUCAGAGUCGAUGUUCGGUGUGCAGUUAGCGGGAAGCAAGCCUUCGCUCCUCGUGCCGACGGCGGAAGUCAUUGCCCGUGAAUGCUCGGGAGUUGACUUCGUCGACCUGAACUGCGGUUGUCCGAUUGAUCUUGUCUUUCGUACUGGCAGCGGCUCUGCGCUGCUCGAUGCUCCUGGAAAGCUCGGUAAGAUCCUUACGGGGAUGAACCGAGCGCUUGGGGAGAUCCCCUUGACGGUGAAACUACGGACGGGCGUCAAAGAGGGCAAGAAUACCUCUCACCGGCUGAUGCCUCGAGUCAGCGCAGAAUGGAACGUUGCAGCGAUGACCCUUCACGGUCGCACGCGUCAGCAGCGCUACACGAAGCUCGCAGACUGGGAAUACAUCAAGGAGUGCGUAGAUGCCGUCCGCGCGCGCGAGCAGGAAGAAGAUCUUCCUCGCGUCCCCAUUUUCGGAGGCGGUGAUUGCUACUCGGCCCAGGAUUACUGGAAUGACGUCGAGCUAUCCGGCGUAGACGGUGUCAUGGUCGCGCGCGGCGCUCUCAUCAAACCUUGGAUAUUCACGGAGAUCAAGGAGAGAAGGGAAUGGGAUAUCAGUGCUCGCGAGCGGCUCGAAGGUCUACGUAAGUACGCUGAGUACGGCCUGGAUCAUUUCGGGACAGAUACUGCCGGCGUGAACACCACGCGUCGUUAUCUCUGCGAAGCCAUGUCCUUCCAGUACCGCUACGUGCCACUCGGGCUCCUUGAACACAUACCGGGCCGUAUCAACGACCGUGCUCCCCUCUUCCGUGGACGCAACGAGCUUGAGACGUUACUUGCUAGCCCAGAUAGUCGCGAUUGGGUCAAAAUAUCGGAGAUGUUCCUCGGGCCGGCUCCCGAGGGAUGGACAUUUACCCCGAAGCACAAGAGCAAUGCGUACGGCGGUGAAGAGGGUCAAGGAUAG